UGGUCGACCUGGGCGAGUUCCGAAAGCUGGUGGACGACGACUCCGAGGAUGCGCUGUUCUUCCUGUCGGACCAUGACCUUGAGCAGAUCGCGCUCACGCGGCACGGCAGGGCCUCCGAGGGCGGCAGCGAGCACGACCCCGCGAUGGUGCGCGAGCAUCUGGUGGCCGACCUGUUCGCGUCGCUGGAUCGCAACCACAAGGGGUCCCUGAGCAGCGAGGAGCUGCUGGUCCUGGCCCGCCUCCACAUGGUGCAGUGCGACUGGACGAAGGAGUGGAAGUCCAUUGUCCCGCACGGUGGGCACGAGAUCAGCAGGGAGCAUUUCAGCACCCUCGUCAGCGACCCGUCUGAGAAGUGGCGCCACUGGAACCUGACUGACGAGGACGUGAGGCGGCUGACCGCUGUGCUCCAGAUGCCGACCCGCGAGCACUUCACGGUGAGCUUCCCGAAGAAGCACGACCAGAUUCUCGGCCUCGUGCUCAACCCCAAGAAGCCGACCGCCGAGACGCGCGAGCUGCAAGUCAUGGCGGUCCUGAGCGGCAGCCUGAGCAGUGACCACAACAAGGGCCAGGCCCAGGAGCACCUUCGCAUCCAGAGGAGCGACCACAUCGUCAUGGUGAAUGGGCUCAUGGGGAGCGCCCUGGAGCUGCAGAGGGAGCUCAUGGGCUCGGAUGACCUCGAGGUCGUGUUCGCCCGAGACCCGAUCUUCAUCGACCACAUCGCCGAGAAGGAGGGCGUGUGCUACGUGUGCGAGGAGACCAUCUACUAUGGGGAGAGGCUCGGGUCCGGCGAGCCGCGGAAGGGCGAGGAGGUGUUCUGGGUGUGCGGCAGGUGCCUGGAGGACGAGGGGAUCCCGCUGUCUGCCGGGCAGCUCGCGAGGGCCCGCCCCCAGGCCAAGCUGCACCACUACGACUCGAAGGCCCGGCUCCUCGUCCGCGUGCUGAAGGCCCAGCACCUCCCCGAGAUCCCCGAGAAGGGCCGGGGCCUCUGCGCAGGACCCGACAAGGGGGCCUGGGCUCACGGAGCCGACGAGCCGCAGCCGGCCCUUGCGCGGAGGCCGCGCCGGCGGCCCCGCGCGGCCUCCGCGCCGCCGGCGCCUCCGCCGGCCCUCGGACGCCGCGGGGCCUCGCUCUGCGGCAGCGCGCCCGGAGUCUUCUUGGUUCAAGUGGACGCCCUUGUGCGAACGGCUGCCAUGCAGGUGGUCGCUCGUGACCGCGAGGACAGCGAGUGCGCUGGAGAAGCUCUGGCCAAAAGGCAGCGCCAGGAGGCGGCGCGGCCUCCCGAGGCCAUCUUCGAGCUCAGCACCGCGCUGCACUUCGUCGCCCCCGAGGGCGGCUUCCGAGGGCGGGAUAUCCACGAGGCCAAGGUCUUGGGCGUUCGCUACGACUUCAGGGCGUCCUUCGAGUGGGUUCUCCGCGCUUCCAGCCAGGGCCGGCCGCACGAGGAGUGGCACAACGUGCUCUUCGAGGGUCAGAGGUGCACCACCGUGGAGCAGUACUUCGACGUCGAGGGCUGCAGGUGGGACGUCCGCUGCGCGCCCUGCUGCAUCAUCGUCCACGACCCUGCAGCCGCCGGCUGGUACGAGGCAUGGGCGCUCACCGGAUUUGAGAUGGGGUCCCUGGUGCGCGUCGGCGCGCCCGACCAGGCACGAUCUGUGGUGGGCUCCGUAGAGGACGGCCGGCUCUCGUGGGAGCAGAAGCCCGCCGCCGGCGUGGUGCGGAAGUUGCAGACUUUCAUUGCAGGCCCAGUGGAUUUCGAUGACGAUGUCAAGUCUGGUGGUGAUUGCGACGAUCUCGGUGAUUGCUGGGAGUGAGGGCCCGAGGCCUGCAUCCUGCCGUCGUGGGCCUGCAUUACCGGCAAGCAGCAGUGCUUGGCCGGAUAGUGUUGGCCGGGCCUCUGAUUCCCGCCGAUGGUUUUCUCCCGACGGGGUUCGGCAGGCACUUCCCCCGCGGAGGGUGGGGCGCUCAGCCAAAAAACAUGUGGCAUGGUGCACAUUCUCUUUUUUUCACAUGUGACAGAGUCACCACGGGCGUUGUUCGCUUCAGUCGGGGUAAUUAGCUAA